AUGGCCUGGAGACCAAUCCACACUCUCACUCCAGACCAUCCACAUUUCCCAACAAUGCCUCAACCUUGCCGGAAACAACCACUCAAUUUCGGCCUUAAGCGGCAGAUGCAUCACCCAGCGACUGCUCUGAAGCGCCGCACUCGCCAGUUUUUGGAAUCAAUUCUAACAUGUUACUCGAAGAAGCCUCAGACAUGUCGGACGGUACGUGAUGAUGCUGCUACGGCUUCUAUAUCACCGCGAGCUGUCGCUGAUGGUGGGUUUGAAGCAGAGACUCGAACACCCUUGUGCCAUAAUCAUAGCCAGGACAAAGAUUUGGUGCCUCUGAAGAUCAGCCUGUUGGGUGAUAGCCAAAUUGGAAAGACAUGUUUUCUGGAAAAAUAUGUUGGGAAUGAAAUGGAGGAGGGAAAGAGUGAGCAGAGAGGAUUGAACUUGAUGGACAAGACACUGAUGGUUAGAGGGGCACGAAUUUCGUAUAGCAUUUGGGAAGUGGGAGGUGACAAGAAAUCUCAGGAUCACAUUCCAACAGCAUGCAAAGACUCUGUAGCAAUUCUUUUUAUGUUUGAUCUAACAAGUCGGCGUACCUUAAAGAGCGUUCUAAGGUGGUAUAGACAGGCCUGGAAGUGGAAUCAGGCAGCAAUUCCAGUACUGAUAGGAACAAAGUUUGAUGAUUUUAUCCAACUCCCAAUCGAUUUGCAAUGGGCAAUUGCAUGCGAGGCAAGAACCUACGCGAAGGCACUGAAUGCGACAUUGUUCUUCUCCAGUGCAACCUACAAUAUCAAUGUCAAUAAGAUCUUUAAAUUCAUCACAGCAAAGCUCUUUGAUCUACCUUGGACGCUUGAGCGCAACUUGACUGUUGGAGAGCCUAUGAUAGAUUUCUAGAGUCGUUCUUCCACCCUACGUUGCCAACCUGAUUCUCAAGAAACUCAUAAAAUCAUCCUGCACAAGGAUUACCAUCCACAUUGCUUCCACAAAGCUAUGUCAGAUGUAGCGGAGAAAGGCAGAGGCGUAGAGCCCCGUCUCCGAAGUCAAGAUGCAUCUGCACUGCACCAAAGUUGUUGAAAAGCAAUCAGACAAUUUGUAAUAACCACACUUGUUUACAGUGUCAUAGGAAUCAGAUCAGGCAUGUCAUAGCAAAUGCAGCUAGAAUCCUUUUAGAAAGUUCAGUUCAAAAUUCAUGCGUAUCCGUAAUCACGCUCAGCAUCUUUUUAGUGAGAAAAUUACAGUGCCUGUAAAAUUAAAAAGCAGUUAGAUGUCCUUCUUGCUUGA